UAUUCCAUCCGCCCUCCGUGUAUCCAUCUGUCUCUUGCGUUCUCCUUCGUCCAUCGACUGCUUCUUUCCACGUGCUUUUGUGAACCGAGCGGGAUCGCGCCAGAUUGAGGCAGUUUCCUAACCACUUCGAGACACAGGCGUAAGGAGCACCCUGUUGUCUCGUCCUCUCCACACAAAGCAGCCCCAAGCGUAUCGAUUGCGUACCUAGGUAGCAAGAUGAGGGGCUCUUCAGGUGUCGCCGCCACUUUCUGGUCUUUUCUCUCCAUCUCCUCCAGCGUCCUUGCUUUGGAACAACAGCCUUUCCAAUUCGAAGCCAUGUCUGUUCCUACGUACACACUGCCGCCGCUUCCAUAUGCAUACGAUGCAUUGGAACCCCACAUCUCAGCGCAAAUCAUGGAGCUGCAUCACGGCAAGCACCACCAGACAUACAUCACAAAUCUGAAUGCAGCGUUGAAGUCUCAAGCGGAGGCUGUUCACGCUGCCGACAUCACUACCCAGGUCGCGCUUCAGCAGGGAAUCAAGUUCAACGCAGGCGGGCACAUCAACCACUCCCUCUUCUGGCAGAACCUCGCCCCGGCUAGCUCUGUAGACGCGAAGAGCUCUGCCGCCCCGAAGCUACUCAAGCAGAUCCAGGCGACAUGGGGCGAUGAGGCGAAGUUCAAGGAGGCCUUCAAUGCCGCGCUGUUGGGUAUUCAGGGUAGCGGCUGGGGCUGGCUCAUCAAGGUCGAGACGGGCAAGGAGCAGAGACUGGCGAUCGUAACCACGAAGGAUCAGGAUCCUGUAGUUGGAAAGGGCGAGGUGCCGAUCUUUGGAGUCGAUAUGUGGGAGCAUGCAUACUAUCUCCAGUACUUGAACGGCAAGGCUGCGUACGUACAGAACAUUUGGAAUGUUAUCAACUGGAAGACGGCGGAGGAGCGCUUCCUUGGGACCCGGGCUGAUGCGUUCAAGGUGUUGAAGGCCUCGAUUUAG